UCACAUUCGAAAGAAAAGAGUUAAUAUAAUGUUGCAAGCAACACUGAUGAUUUCAUGUUGAAGCAGUGUGUCAUUUCCAUAACUUUUCCAGUUGUUUGUGAUUACUGAAUUAUCAUUCAAAUUUAUCUUAUGAAUCAUUCAGAACAAUUUGUUAACCGGUUAGACAGAUUCAUUAAAAGAAAUGACUCAAAGGACGAUUCACUCACCAAUCUGACUUUACUAUGGCUUGUGAGCAUGUUUUAUCUAUACAAGUGCAAUAAGACUUUUCUCUCAGAGGACUCGAUAGUAUGGAAUAACAUGAGUUAGUGAUAGAUUAGUUUCCCUUGGUGUAAGCCCCAUCCUACAGUUCAAGGUCAGGAUUCUCACUUGAACUAUCAGAUCCUGCCAGAAGGCAAUGAUGGCAGGGGAGAGGAGCUUACCCCUUACAGCUGGAUGGGACCUAAACUGGUGGUGUUGGGGUGGCGGUGGUUGAAAGCAACAGACGUAAUGAGCUAUGAGAAACAGCUGUGGGACCUUAUAAGGCAUAGGCUGAUCAUGAUUGGGUGAGAUGCUGGAUUAAUGAUGUAUGACGUAAUGCUUACUAUGAGUCCUCUAUGAUAAUUAUCGCUUAGGCUUCCAUUUCCAGGCCCGAAUUUUUAAAUUCCCUAAUAUUUCCAGGUUUUUGGGUGACAGUGUUAACCCAGCUUUAACCCAUCUCCACAUAUUUUGUUUAAAAUUUAACCCCUGCUCUGAAGUGUUAGGGUUAGUCAACUGACCAGUGAAACUAAACAUACUGUACAACAUAUCAAUAAAACUCAAUCUGAAGACUACAUUGUGGAUGAAAAUCUGUGAAAUUAUCCAGAAGAGAUUUAAACAUGUUGACAAUGCUAGGCUGAACUAAAAGUACUACACUUUUUUUAUUGACAGAUGAAGCAUUAACAAUAGCUAGAAAAAAGCUUCUUUGUAAAAAGCUUCAAAAAGAAAUUUAGUACACAAGGGGUGAGGGGUGUACUGUAUAAAACACUGAGAAUGAUGGCUGUUUUAAUUCUGUGGAAAUCUGCAGAGCUUUCUGCUGGUGCAUAUUCUGUGUGGGACUGCUCAUAAGUUUCAUUCACCUUUUGUUAGUGUUAUAUUACUGAAACAAAAUGAAACAAAAACAGCACUACAUUUCAUGGUUUAUCAAAUCAAAUUACUGUUAUGAGUGAAAACAAGACUGCAGAAAAUCAAGUUUCUGUCUGUUCCUCUAAUAAGUGUGCAGUAGUAGUCCGAUGAGUGAUUAAAGAUUAAUCAUACAUUCACAAGCAUACAGGCUGUAGGCGGUGUGUCAGUGACUCAGGGGAGACAGGUCACCAGUCCGAGGGAGUAAUUCAGAUGAGAUGGAGGAGGAAUAGUGCCAUGAGCUCCACCAAUGAUGGAGAGAGCAAGGAUGCAUAAGAGACUAAGGAUAGAAGAGCUUUUCCUGUGCAGCGGUGUGGAUGUGGAGUUUUUGAAGCGGGAGACUUGAGCCAUGCCAAACAGGCUGCAACAGAUCAGAAUCUCCGAAUGCUCCAGGGGGUUUCUGUCUAUAACACAACGGCAAGACCGAUCUGUCCAUGAGGUGACUCUUCUCAUCUCUUUCGGUAAGACUGUUACUCAUUUCUAUCUCCAUCACUCCUACAAUGAGUUUUUUUUUUUCCUUCACAUUUACCAUGGUAUUAUUAUGGUUUUGUGGACACGUACUAUGGCACUAUAAUGUUUUUUUGUUUUGGACAUGCAUUAUGGCAUUAUUAUGUUAUUUUUUUGGACAUGUACCAUGGUAGCGCCAUGGUUUUCUUGGAAGUACCAUGGUGUACCAUUUCGAUACCAUGGUACAUGGUUUUCAGUACCAUGGUUUAAGCAUCUGACACCAUCAUCAUACCUUUUUUGGAAGGAUCAGUCUCUUAGACUCCCAAAGAAAUUUAUGAGUGGUUUAUCUAUAAAGUGUUGUGAAAGAUUUAAAUUCAGAUAAGUCUUUUGACUUACUACUAAAAUCAUUUUCAGCUAUCUGGAUUGGAAAAAAAUUUAAAGAGUGACAGAAUACGUGUCCUGUUUUUCUCACAUAUGAGAGACCUUGUGUGAGUGUUAUUGACUGUUUGCUUCUGAAAUAUCAAAAUGCUCAAACUCUUGUAUGGUUCAUAUCAAGUAAUUACAGUGUGCGUGUGUAGCGUACAGGGUCACCACUCAUCUACACAAAUGUAAUGUGGUGAUUCAUUGAUUAUUUGAGUUAAUGGGCUUCCAACACAUUAAAGCCUUGAGUGGCAAGAGAAACAAAACAGAUGGUGUGCUGCAUCUGUUACAACAGAAAAAAAAUGUAAAAGGUGAAUUUCCAUUUUCAGGAAUUUCAAAGCAGCAGAGUUCUUGAAGCAGAUUAUAUUUUAAAAUAUAAAAAAUAAAAAAAACAUUACACAUGAACAGAAAACAGCUGCUGCUAAAGCUAAAAUUCACUCUCUUAUUCAUGAGAUAAAUCAUGCAGCGUUAAUCCAUCUAACUGGGUUUGUUCAAGCUUAAUCCAUGGCUGAUCUUAAAACAGUACAGAGAGAAUAAACAAUUAUUAGAUCAAACGUUUCUUAUGUCAUAUAUGUACCAUGACAUUUACAUCAUUUUAAUCUCAAAAUAAUAUUCAGAUUGAUGGGGGGAGUAGUGUCAUUCAAUAAUUAUGACUCCAGAGAAUCCCUUAAGAACUUUUCUCUUGGCAAGCAGUUAUAUGGAUGCAAUGUCAAUUGGAAACUUCUCUCCAACUCAUUCACCUAAUCCUGCUUUAGAUAACUUGAUACCUUGUUUUGAAAGUCAGCUACAAAGCAAUCAAAGCAGCUAAAUAAAUAAAAUCUGUUCUUGUACUCUCUCUCUCGUACUCAAUAACCCGUUGCUUUUCCCCACUAGAUAAAGCUGCUUUAGCUAACAAUGAGAUGGAGCAGGGCAUUUGUACAUGAAUGUAAAAUAAAAUUGAAAAUACAAGAGGAUAUAACCAAAGAAACAAAAACAUAUUUUGAGUUAGCUGCUUAACCAUAUUAUAGAAUCACUUUAAAGGGAUAGUUCACCUACAAAUGGUGAACUAAUGGAAAUAUGGUAAUGGUAACAAGGAAAAAAGAUGCAAUGCAAGAGAAUGGUGACAGAGACUAUUAGCCCCUAACAUUCUGCCUUACAUCUCCUUUUGUGUUCCACAAUAGAAAAAGUAAUAUGGUUUGGUACAACAUGAGGGUCAGCAAUUGAUGACAGUUUAUUUUUUAUUUUUGGGUAAACUAUCCCUUUAAAGUCAAAUUAGACAGAAAAGAACCCAAUGAAAAAUCAGUUAUUGUCAAACCUGAUUUUACACAAUGUAAGACUGGAUGAGCUGAAAAGGGUCUUUUCAGGCCAAAACAUCUGCAGUUUUUAUAGCAAAGCUGCAGUUCUUUUUAUAUCCCUGACCUCAGCCAUCAGUGUUACCGAUGAAAUCCUUUGGACAAAAAGUACUUCAGUUAAAAAUCCAAUGUCAGCCCUAAACUGAACAAUUGAAGGUUCUCUGCUCUUUAAAACCCCACUAUCAUGCCUGAAGCAAGCCCAUUAUAAAAGUGUUAGGGUUGCUUUGUGCCAAUUCAUGUUCAAGGUUGGAACUGAUCUGAAUAAAUAUAUUUUCUCUAUUCUUCCAGAUUCUUCUGCAUGUCUAAUCAAACGCCUUGAUCAUACAACUGUUCAUUAAGCCCCAACACACAAACGCAACAUGACAAUCACCAUUCAGAACGUCACUGCCACCUCUGCCAUCGUCAACUGGCCCUCAUCCCCCAGUUGCAUAGACACGUUCUACAGCGUCAUGUACAACCUAAACUGGAACAGCCUUCCGAUGGGUUACACGCGCAAGAGCUUCCUGCGUGAGGACAGGGUUCCUGUGAGCCAGACCUCAACCAGUGUGGGCAACCUCAGUCCACAGACUACUUACAUCCUGUGCGUCACCUGCCAGUCUGCCAACCCCACCAGAGAGCAGUGCCAGGUCUUCAGUACCCUGGAUGAGGGAACAGAGCUUGGAGAGAACGGUAGGGAGCUGGCCAUGGGAGUCUGGUUGGCCAGCAGUAUCCUUCUUCUGAUCAUUGCCUUGGCUCUGCUUUGGGGAUGUCUCCACACUAUGUGUCCAGCAAAGAGAGACACAGACCAGCACAACCAGCCAGGUUCUAACCCUCCUCACCUGGCUCUGAUGCCCAUGGGUGGGGAUGUGGCAAGUGAGGGAAGAAAACAUCUCUACAUGCCAAGCUGUAGCGAAAAGGAUGCUCUGAAUGCAACAGUGAUUGAGAACCCUUUUCGAGAAGAGCAAGAAAGAGAACUGGGAAAUGGGCCAAGUCGUGAACUUAGAACACAGAGCAGCAAACUGAACUUCGGGCCUGAGUCAGAAUAACAGGCCUGUAAAACCAUCACUAAUGUAAUGACCUCAAAAGUUCAAACUAUUAGAACUUACACAAUGAGGACAAUCACUGGAGUAGAAACCAUUUUGAGGAAAUGAGACCCUAAUUGUCUAAGCAAUUGCGCAGUGGAACAUGUGGGCUGAAGGAUGUUCCACUGACAUUUAAAUGUCAGAGGGAGAGUAGAGUCACAUGGGGUAAACUCCUCGUGGUCGCUAUAAUGUGGUUCAUUCUCGGUGGGGCGCGUGGUGAGUUGAACGUGGUUGCCGCGGUGGAUGGCGUGAAGCCUCCACACACGCCGUCUCCGUGGCAACACGCUCAACAAGCCACGUGAUAAGAUGCGCGGGUUGACAGUCUCAGAUGCGGAGGCAACUGGGAUUCGUCCUCCGCCACCCGGACUGAGGCGAAUCACUACAUGACCACGAGGACUUAAAAGCACAUUGGGAAUUGGGCAUUCCAAAUAAAAUAAAAAAAAAGAAGAAAAAAAAAAGAAGCCCCUUUCGCUUAUACCACAAUCCUAAGAACUUUAAAGUGCUCCAAGUAAAUAUUUUCACUUAUCAUCACCCAGUUAAAUUUUACACCUAAAGAUUUAAAUAGUACCUUUGCCAAAUAAGUUAAAAGUAUAAUUUGGCUUUCCAGGUGUACAGACUGUUCAUGUGCAGCCUAAUUUUCUAGCACAGUGGACAUAUUGUGCUAAAAGAGUAUCACAAAUGAGUAGAAAGGCUCAAGUGCUCGACAGUGUGUGAGACAGAAUGGCACAAGGGAAAAAAAGUAUACCCAAGCCUUAUUGACUCCAGUCAUAUCAGUGAUCUGGAUAAAACUAUUUUAUUCUACACAAGGUGGGUCGCCCCCCCCAAUGGUGGCCUCCACAUUGAGAUCACUUGACUAGCCUUGUAAAUUUGAGUUAAUAAAAACUUCAUGCCAAAGUGUCAGUAUAAAAUCCAAAAAAAAUAAAUAAAAAAAAAAAACGUUUGGAAAGACAAAAAAAAGAAAGUGCCAGUGAAACGUAAACAUAAAAUUACUUAUAACUUUGAAUGCAUAUGUGUUCAUUGUAUUGUCCCUGUGUGAACUGAGUCCCUGUUUAGUGUUAAAUGCAUUGAAAUGCAUCUUGCCUGCCUGUCUUGCAAAAUAAAAAGCAUCUUAUGGUUAUUAUGAA